AGCACAACCCACAGCAGUUAGAGAGAGAAACUAGAGAGAGAAAGUUCAACAAAGUUCUCUUUUUCUUUCCAUUUUCUCUCUCUAAUCAACGCUCACGUUUUCAAUCGACGGCGACGAAUUGUUCACCUGAAUCGGUUUGAGUCCGGAGAGAAAUGCAAUCGGACUCGUCUCUGGAAACCUCGUCGUUUGAUUUGAUUACGGCAGCUCUUAGGGAAAAAGUUAUUGAUACAGCAAACGCAUCUGAUAGGGGAGAUUCAAUGAUGCCUCCGGCUUUGGUGAUGCUUUUGGAAAAUCGUGAGCUGCUGCUGAUGCUGACUACAUCAGUGGCUCUUUUGGUUGGAUUUAUCGUUGUUUCGUUGUGGAAGAGAUCUUCUGAGAAGAAAUCGGGUAAGGAUUUGGAGCCACCGAAGAUCGUUGUGCCAAAGAGACAGCAGGAACAGGAGGUUGAUGACGGUAAGAAGAAGGUUACGAUUUUUUUUGGAACGCAAACCGGAACGGCGGAAGGUUUCGCUAAGGCACUGUUGGAAGAAGCUAAAGCGCGAUAUGAAAAGGCGACCUUUAAAGUAAUCGAUUUGGAUGAUUAUGCUGUUGAUGAUGAUGAGUAUGAAGAGAAACUAAAGAAGGAGUCAUUUGCUUUCUUCUUUUUGGCUACAUAUGGAGAUGGUGAGCCAACUGAUAAUGCUGCCAGAUUUUAUAAGUGGUUUACAGAGGGGGGUGAGAAAGGAGUUUGGCUUAAAAAACUUCAAUAUGGAGUAUUUGGCCUUGGCAACAGACAAUACGAGCAUUUCAACAAGAUUGCAAAGGAGAUUGAUGAGGGUCUCACAGAGCAGGGUGCAAAACGCCUUGUUCCAGUUGGCCUUGGAGAUGAUGAUCAAUCCAUUGAAGAUGAUUUUACUGCAUGGAAAGAAUUGGUGUGGCCUGAGUUGGAUCAAUUGCUUCGUGACGAGGAUGACAAAGGCGUUGCUACUCCUUACACAGCUGCCAUUCCGGAAUACCGAAUUGUGUUUCAUGAGAAACCUGAUACAUCUGCUGAAGAUCAAAGUCAGACAAAUGGUCAUGCUGUUCAUGAUGUUCAACAUCCAUGCAGAUCCAAUGUGGCUGUUAAAAAGGAGCUCCAUACCCCUGAAUCUGAUCGCUCUUGCACGCAUCUGGAAUUUGACAUCUCUCACACUGGACUAUCAUACGAAACUGGGGAUCAUGUUGGUGUCUACUGUCAGAACCUAAGUGAAGUUGUGGAGGAGGCUGAGAAAUUAAUAGGUUUACCACCAGAUACUUAUUUCUCAGUGCACACCGAUAAUGAGGAUGGAACACCACUUGCUGGAGCUUCCUUACAACCUCCUUUCCCUCCAUGCACUUUAAGGAAAGCAUUGGCUCAUUACGCAGAUGUACUCACUUCUCCCAAAAAGUCAGCUUUGGUCGCUCUAGCUGCUCAUGCUUCUGAUCCCAGUGAAGCUGAUCGCCUAAAAUUUCUUGCAUCUCCUGCUGGGAAGGAUGAAUAUUCUCAAUGGAUUGUUGCAAGCCAAAGAAGCCUUCUAGAGGUCAUGGAGGCUUUCCCAUCAGCUAGGCCUCCACUUGGGGUUUUCUUUGCAGCUGUUGCCCCACGCUUACAGCCUCGAUACUACUCUAUUUCUUCCUCCCCAAAGAUGGCACCUAGCAGGAUUCAUGUUACUUGUGCAUUAGUUUAUGAGAAAACGCCUGCAGGCCGUAUCCACAAGGGAGUCUGUUCAACGUGGAUGAAGAAUGCUGUGCCUAUGACGGAAAGUCAGGAUUGCAGCUGGGCACCUAUUUUUGUUAGAACGUCUAACUUCAGACUUCCUGCUGAUCCUAAAGUUCCUGUUAUCAUGAUUGGCCCUGGAACCGGAUUGGCUCCUUUCAGGGGUUUUCUUCAAGAAAGAUUAGCUCUGAAGGAAGCUGGAACCGAACUGGGAUCAUCCAUUCUAUUCUUCGGAUGUAGAAACCGCAAAGUGGAUUUCAUAUACGAGAAUGAACUGAACAACUUUGUUGAGAAUGGCGCUCUUUCCGAGCUCAUUGUUGCUUUCUCCCGUGAAGGGCCCACUAAGGAAUACGUGCAACAUAAGAUGAGCCACAGGGCUUUGGAUAUCUGGAACUUGCUUUCGGAAGGAGCAUAUUUAUACGUUUGUGGUGAUGCCAAAGGCAUGGCUAAAGAUGUACACCGGACCCUUCACACAAUUGUGCAAGAACAGGGAUCUCUAGACUCGUCAAAGGCAGAGCUGUAUGUGAAGAAUCUACAAAUGUCAGGAAGAUACCUCCGCGAUGUUUGGUAGUUGAGUCCUUUCAAGACAAAAACAAAAACAAAAACAAAAAAGAAAAAGGAAAAUAAAUGAGACGUAACUUACUUGGAAUUAUGCAAGUUUUAAUAGUUUGAUAAUAUUUCCUGCUGUCUUUACAGUCAUCCGAAUUCUUUUUCUACAUCAUUUUUUUGUUCUUGUAAUUUGUAAGGAUAUAUAUAAUAUUAAUAUAUAUAUGUAAAAGACAGGUAUGUAUA